AUGCGUACAAACAACAUAUGCCCAGAAGGUGUGUGUAGGGUUGGUGUAUCGGAUACAUCGGUGUAUCGGAGCGGAUCAGAUAAUCAUCGGAGCGGAUCGGAUAAUCAUCGGAGCGGAUCGGAUAAUCAUCGGAGCGGAUCGGAUAAUCAUCGGAGCGGAUCGGAUAAUCAUCGGAGCGGAUCGGAUAAUCAUCGGAGCGGAUCGGAUAAUCAUCGGAGCGGAUCGGAUAAUCAUCGGAGCGGAUCGGAUAAUCAUCAGAGCGGAUCGGAUAAUCAUCGGAGCGGAUCGGAUAAUCAUCAGAGCGGAUCGGAUAAUCAUCGGAGCGGAUCGGAUAAUCAUCAGAGCGGAUCGGAUAAUCAUCGGAGCGGAUCGGAUAAUCAUCGGAGCGGAUCGGAUAAUCAUCGGAGCGGAUCGGAUAAUCAUCGGAGCGGAUCGGAUAAUCAUCGGGGCGGAUCGGAUAAUCAUCGGAGCGGAUCGGAUAAUCAUCGGAGCGGAUCGGAUAAUCAUCGGAGCGGAUCGGAUAAUCAUCAGAGCGGAUCGGAUAAUCAUCGGAGCGGAUCGGAUAAUCAUCAGAGCGGAUCGGAUAAUCAUCGGAGCGGAUCGGAUAAUCAUCGGAGCGGAUCGGAUAAUCAUCGGAGCGGAUCGGAUAAUCAUCAGAGCAUAUCGCAAAUAAAAAUAUCUGAGUAA